GCACGGAGGGUCUUAUAUAAUUUUAUAGAGAAGGGAAAGAACAAAAAAAAGCAGACCUUUUUCAGAAUCGGAGGUUUAGAGAGAGGGAAGAAGAUGAAGCGGACGGUGAUGGACAACGCGAUUCGAUCAUCGGUGGUGGUGUUGGGAUCACUGGCCUUUGGUUACUUGUCACUGGAACUUGGAUACAAGCCUUUCCUUGAAAAGGCUGAAGAAUACGAAAGAUCUCUUCAGUCUUCUCAACAACAUGUACAACAAGAUGAACAAGAAGAAGAAGCUAGGUGGGACAAUAGCAAUAUAGAGGGAUGGGAGGAGAAAAGGUAGUCGCUUUAUUGAUGUCAAUGACAGAGACAGACCUAUGAUUCUGUAAGGAACAACCUUGUGGCAACAUGCUUCUUUGUUUUCUUAAUCUCGGAUCAAACCUUGAGAUCAUUUUGUAACUAUCAACCACUUCCUCUUUUUUUAUCAAUCACCAUGUCAGACUAGUCGAAAUUGUCAAAAUCUUUUGUUGAAGUUACUAGCAAUUUUGAAACUGUGCUGUAAGAACCUGGCUUAUCUGAUGCAAACUGUGAACUCAAUUACCA